AUGGUAUUGCGCAGUAGAGGACUCGUCGACAUCGAGAGUUCAUCUAUAGAGACGGCCUCUUCUGCUUCGGAAGUGGAUUUGACUUUGUACACUGAAGAAUCUCGAAUAGGCAAUGUGGUGAAGGUCUUCUCAUCGACUCACAGGUUCAAGAAUGGGCGACUCGUCUACUCUACUACGCAGGAAGCGUGUCCCCAGCUGGAUGAAGAGAUUAAGAGAUUCAAUCAUUGGUGGAAGUCUCAAGGGCCUGGAAAACUGAAAAGUAUUGAGGAAAAGGAACCAAGUUUCCAAAAUAAAUACACCAGAAAAAAGCUAUGUGACAUUUUUAGAGAUAUUCAAAAACAAGAAAUUAUCAAAAGAUACGAAAGAGCACGCAGGAAAGAUCCAAUUUCUUGUAAAUCUCUGCCUUCUAUGGAAACGGCACGUUUUAAGAAACAGCUUACCUUUAAAGCAAAAAGUCCAUUAAUUUCGGAGGAAGUAGUAAUUUCAAGAAAAAUAAAAGAUCAAGCCGCUUGCCUUCCUCGCUGUGAAAAAAAGGUCUCCCGAAAUUUCUCUUCUGAUUGUAGCACUGAAAGCAAAGCAGAAAACCUCCAAAGUGAAUCAGAAGGUGGAAAAGUGACUUUCCGAGCAUCGUGGCUUCACAGGUCACCUCGGAAAAGCCAGCGGAGCACUAGUGGUAAUUUAGUAGAAAAUAGAGAACUUAAUCGAAUGCACUUCGGUUGCAAUUCGUCACAGAAAACAAUCCAGAAUAAAGCGACGCCAGUUUUAAAGGGCAGCAAAUUGCAAAGCAGUGUGUCAGUUACUCGAAUCCUUCCUAGUCGUCCUCGAUCAAUGCCAAAUCGCAAUUUAAGCUCAUCUUCUGAUCGCGGAAUGCGGCUCAAAUCGCCGUUGAAUAAUAGAAACAACAAACAAACUGAUAGUAACCAGUCAUUCAAGCAUUGCGCUGAUUAUAAAAAUUCAAGAUAUCCCUUUGCAUGUGAACAAGAUGAGCCUAGUUAUUCGCCAUGUAAGCAUUUCAACUUAUAUGACAUGCACAGAACGCGCGAACCUCUUCAUGCGAAUGCUGAUUUUGAUGACAAUGUCAAUAAUUCGAGUGAUAACAAUACAAGCGUGUGCACGAUUUUUUACGAAGCAAAUGGAGAUUGGAUAAAUGAAGGCCAAGAGUCCUGUAUUUAUAAAAGUCAUCAAGAUGAGGGAAAAUAUCAUUCUAAAAAUCACAUUAAGACAGUUGAAGGAUUGACAUACACUUCAUCUCCAAAGUUCUCCCGCAAAUGUUUGAGCGGAAACUCAAGAAAAAUCCAUGCUAAAGAUGAUUUAGACAAUAGCAUCAAAUGUUUCGCUAAAUGUCACACAAAACAUCAGGAUGAGCACGAAGUUUCUAUAAUGACGGGGAUUGUGUCCCAUUAUAAUAAUGACAAAUAUGAAGAUGAUAAAUAUGAAGCAAUGAAAGCCAUCGAGAAUUUUGUUAAUGAAGAAGCCCUUGAAAAAUUUAGCAAAAGAUGUGGAGAUUCUAUCGACAAAUUGAACUGCAAAGUUUUAAACACAGCCGCACGCAAACAAUUUUAUAAAGAGAUUAUUGAUUGUUGUCAACAAGCAAGAAAUAACGAGAAUAGGAAAAGAAAAUGA